GCUAUGUGUUGUUAAAACGUAUGCAAACUAAAUAUAAUCGUUAAAGAAUUGCCCAAAAAGAGAGAUAAUUAUUAAUUCAAGUGAAAAACUAAGCAGCAUAUACGUUACGUUUUUUGAGGGAAAAGGAAAUGUACCACGGUUCCUUAUGGUUUACCAGCCCUUAGCGCGGGAACGUCUAAACCGAAUGUUGGUUUUGAAAGAGCUGAAAUAAAGCUACACUGAAAGACAACAUAACUACUGCUACCAACUGGACUUUAAACAGCACUGACCAAGGAUGAUGCGCAAGAAGAAACGUUCAUCAUCCAUUUCUGUUGACGAUGGACCAACACUCGAUGCACCCAAAUCAAAGAAAAGUAAGGCAACUGGACGACCAUCCAAAACGGUCGUUCCUGCCGAGGUCCCUGAUUCUGUUUUUGUUCAAAUGCUCCAGGAAUCAGGUGUCACCUUAAGACAAGGCACCCAGGCUAAUGAGAUUGCUGUGGAUCAAGUUGUGUUUCAAAAGAGACUACAACAGCGCCUGAGAAAGAAUCCCAGAUAUCCCAGUAUAAUUCAGGAUUUUAUUUCUGGCUUAGAGUCACACAUUGAAGACCCAGACAGCUUUAGGAACUGCUUGCUUCCUUGUGCGCCACGCUCUGCAGUCGACAGAGACACCAGUUCCAGCUCGUUUCAGGAAAGCCUCAUGCGGCUGCUUCUUGGUGUUGAGAUGCUACAGACCCUGGUCAUAAACACUUUGUUUGAGAAGCUUCCAGAAUUUAUGUUUGAGGGCAUUGGAGCGGAUGGCCUAAAUAUUCCACAUCUCAUCAUAAACCAGCUGAAGUGGCUUGAUCGAGUUGUGGAUUGCAAGGAUUUGGACAGUAAGCUGAUGCAGCUUGUGUCUGUAGCUCCAAUUGAGAUCCAGCGUGACAUCAUCACCAGUUUGCCUGAAAUACUGGAGGACUCACAGCAUGGAGACAUGGCCACAGAGCUCAAUGCUCUACUCCAGGAGAACACACAGCUUACUCUACCCAUAUUGGAUGCUCUGUCCAGCCUCACCCUCAGCUCCACACUACUGGCUGAGGUGCGUGGUGCAGUCAUGACCACUAUAUCUGCGGUGCAGCUGGAGGAUCUUCCUGUCGUAGUGAAGUUCAUCUUGCACUCGGUCUCUGCUCCUGAUGCUAACGAGGUGGUUGGGGAUUUACAUAAGAAGCUGGAGCUGGAGCAGUGUACAAUAUCGUCUGUACUUCAGGCAUCACAGAACCAUGAAAAGAGCCGAAAGACGGCAGGGUCCUCCAGUGUCCCAUCUUGCAACAGUAAAGACAGUGUGGCUCUGGUUCUAGAAGUUAUUAAGUCAGCUGUCCGGUUUCAGAAGGCCAUCUCGGAGGCUUGGCUCAAGGCUAUAGAGAGUGUCAGCACAGCUGAAGAUCACAAGGUUAUUGAUGUGUUGGUGCUACUCAUACUUCACCUCACUAAUGCUAACCAGAGUCGGCGUGCGGCAGAGAGGGUGCUAAAGUCUAAAGUGCGCAGCGGCCUUAUUCACGAAACACUGCUCAACAAGACCUUUAGGGACUAUGCACAGGUGAUGCGUAGCUACUUCCCCUCCAUUCUGGCCUUGGCACAGGGGCUACUUCGCUCCGCAGACUACGGUGCAGUGACCUUUGGAGGACACAUUUACAAACAGGCCUUCACUGCUUUUGACUCCUACUGCCAGCAGGAAGUGGUGGGCUCUCUGGUCACACAUGUGUGCAGUGGUGUGUCUGGGGAGGUGGAUGUGGCUCUUGAGCUGCUGUGUGAACUUGUGUCCAAGAAACCAACAGAGAUGGCUCAGUAUGCCAUCUUUGUUAAGGGAAUUCUGGACUACAUGGAAAAGCUGAGUCCUCAGCAGAUCCGCCGUCUUUUUCAUCUGCUUAGUUCUCUGGCUUUUGGACAAGACCAACACAGCAGCCAUAUUCAGGAUGACAUGCACAUAGUAAUCCGGAAGCAGUUGUCCAGUACAGUGCCCAAGUACAAGCGCAUCGGCAUCAUCGGUGCUGUUAUGAUGGUGGGAAGUAUGGCAGCGCAAAGAAACACAGCAGAAGGCACUCAGAGCAGCACACUGUCCAAAGAAACACACAGACAGGUGACAGCACUGCUGGAGCUGGUGCGUUCCUGUAGUGAGGGCUCGGCCGAGGCUGCAGCUCUUUAUUAUGAUGAGCUUGCCAAUCUGCUUCAAAGCCACAAACUAGACUCAGUGGUGCAGGCAUGGAUUGGGAAAAAUGCACUGGAGGAUUUCCAGGAGGACUUUGUAGUGGACCUUGAACCAGAGAUAACAGGCUCCUUUCCUUUCCCCGCUUCAAUGUUGUAUAAUCUGGAUGAGGACGAAAGUCAGGGAGGAAUUGCCAUCAACCUGCUUCCUCUGAUUGCUCAGGAUUUGCCGCGCAAAGCAGACAGUUUUGUCUCUGACAGCAACAAGAACAGCAGACAUGCAUCUCCUCUGUGUCUGGCCUCGUUCUUCCGACUGUUGAGGCUCUGUGAGGAGAAGCAGCACGAGGGGGAUCUGGAGGAGAUUGACGCUCUUCUGGGCUGUCCAUUGAUCCUGACAGAUAUGGGAGUGGUGGAGAAGGUGGACAGUUUGUCUAAAUCAGAGCGAGAGUUUCUCUGCUCUUUGCUCUUCUACACCAUCAACUGGUUCAGAGAGGUGGUUAAUGCAUUUUGCAAGUUGAAAGACCCUGAGUUGAAGGUGAAGGUUAUAACCCGUAUUCAAAACAUCACCUAUCUGCAGACUUUGUUGGAGACGUGCUUGGCAGCCAGCCCUGGUUACACUCCUCCCCUGGCUAAUUUCGACUAUGACAGUACAGAAGUUACAGCUCCUGCUACAUCUGCUGCCACUGCUGCCAAAAAAGCAAAGAAAGGGUCAGCUGGGAAGAAAAGAAAAGCCUCGACCAGUAAGAAUACUUCGGCAGACGGCUCGGAGCUGGAGGAGGCCACAAAGGCAGAGGAGUCUCAGGCACAGCAGGACCAUCCAGAGAAGGAGACCAAGGUGGGGGCCAGUCUGUCCUCUUACUGGGCAUUCUUUAGGGAACUGGACAUAGAGCUACUGAAUGUGCUGCAGUGUGGCCUCCUCUCCAGAUCACUGCUGGACACAGAGCUCCACAGCAAGAUGACAGAGGAAGUGCAGCUGGGUCCUGCUGAGUUGGUGUUUCUGCUGGAGGACAUGUGGCGUAAACUGGAUUUCAGUCUGGCUUCUGCCCCAGUCAAGAAAGCUCCAUUUUUAAAAGCGAAGGCAGACAAAGCAGUGGGCUUCUCUCACCUGCAGCAAAAGAGCUCUAAAGAUGUCGCCGCUCUCUGUAUUCAGCUGCUACCAACACUGUGCACACACUUGGAGAACUGCCACAACCACUUUCAGACUCAACUGAAUGAGAAUCAGGGCGUAGUGGAUACUCUGGGUGUGGAUGUGAAAGAGCAGCAGCUCAUGUGCUCGGUUUAUCAACUCCUGCUGCAGGUGUUGCAUGUGACCUUUAGCUGGUCUGGCUUUUCCCAACCAGGGCAGAGGGCUCUGUUAAAGAAAGCACUGGGUGCGUUAGCCAGCCGAUUGAAGGAGGAAGACACUGAUCUAACCCUGGAGCAGCUUGUUAAACAAAGUUUUCAGUACCUGCAAAAUUUCCGCAGUACUGUGCCCAGUCUAAGCACAGCUUUAAUCCUGGUUCAGCUGCUCACUGUGCUCAGUCAGUAUGGAGGAUCCGACCACAGCUUGUACAAAGAACACACCGCAUCCUUAGCAAAGCAUUUCCUUUGUCAGGAGUGGGUUAUGGUGGUUGGAGCGAAGGAACGUGGAAAUAAACACAAUGAUGCUCUCCAGAGUCUCCUCAGUAUUUAUUUAGAGCGCACAAAUGAUGUGUUGAAGGCAGUGGAGGAGAUUGCAGGAGAGGGCAUUUCCGAGCUGAUAAAUGCACCUAAAGAUGCUUGCUCCCGCAGCUGGCGCACACUUAACAGGCAAACCUUCCUGGUGUAUUAUAAAGCAAUGCUUGCUGAACUGGACAAGUGUGUGCGGAAGAUGCCUCCUGGAACACGGACAGACAGUAGAGAGGUUCAGAGUGAGAAACUCCUUAAGUGGAACUUGGCAGUACGGGACUACCAUAUUCUUAUCAACCUUGUAAAGAUCUUUGACAGCAGAUCUGUGCUCAAUGUCUGUCUGAAGUAUAGCAAGGUUUUCCUGGAGUCCUUCCUAAAACUGGGAAUGCCUUUGCUUGAUUACAGCUUUAAAAAGCACAAGGAGGAUGUUCAGAGUUUACUGAAGACCUUCCAGCUUAGCACCAGGCAGCUCCACCACAUGUGUGGCCACUCAAAGAUUCGACAGGACACUUCGCUGACCAACCAUGUGCCCGCACUAAAGAAGAGCCUGGAGCAGUUUGUGUAUCGUGUAAAGGCCAUGCUCACUCUUAAUCAGUGCCAGGAGGCUUUUUGGCUGGGCAAUUUGAAAAACAGGGAUCUCAAGGGUGAAGAGAUCCUCACACAGCGGUCUCAAGAAAGUGACGAAGAUGACGAAGAGUCUUCUGAGCUACCAGAUGCGCAGAAUCAGGAGGAAGAGGAGGAGGAAAGUGAUGCUGAAGUUCAGGGAAAUGGGCAACAGGAUGAAGAGGAAGACUCGGAUGUGUCAGACUGAUAGUAUUGUGGCUGUAAAUGGACUGGUGUUUCCUGCUUACACACACACACAUACACAUAUAUAUAUUUUUUUUUCCAGCUUUCACAUGGGUCUAUACUUACUUUACAGGUUGUUGGUGGGGAAAAACUCUUUUUUAAUAAUCAAGUAAAUUUUCAUGUUCAUUGUUCAUUUUGUACUAUUUUGAAUUUUGUAUUUAAUCACAUAACAGUAAAAUUAGUUUUUCCCUCUUAAAAUAAUAAAAAGAAAAUUAUUUUUAAAA